AUGGCUAAAGUGGAGUCGAAGUCUAAGGAUUGUAUGAGCUUCCCAGCAGUUGGUCCAGUCACAGAGGUUGAUUAUGGUGGUGUGGCUUAUGCUGUAGAUAUGGAUGAGCUAAGUUGUGGGUGUAUCCAGUGGCAGAUGACUGGAACUCCUUGCAUUCAUGCCGCCUAUGUGAUCCUUAAAGAUGCUAUGUGGCGUCAAACCUAUAGUAUGGGGGUAAGGCCUGUUCAAGGGAAGAAGCUAUGGCCUGAGACGGGUAGAUUAGGUGUCCUCCCACCACCUUGGAGAAAAGGAAACCCGGGAAGACCAAAGAACCAUGAUAGGUUCAAGAGCAAGGGUGAGACGGUGAAGGGCCCGAAAGUCUCUGCAACUGAUAGUACGAAGCUAACUCGUGCUGAUCGAGUUCAGUCUAAUGCAUCAUCAUCACAACAAACCCAGCCACAAGUGUCAACACAGCCACAAGAAUCAACGCAGCCACGAGAGUCGACACAGCCACAAGGGUCAGAGAGAUGGGAACAAGCCACACAUGCACCACCAAGCUCAGAUGCGUCUGGAUGGGGACAAUGGUUUUCGUGA